AUGGACUUUGGAAAUCGAUGGAAAGCGCUAGAAGAACUGGAGCGUUCUCAAAUCGAGCAAGUGAAGUUCGAAUCUGCAGAAAGAAAGCAACGCCUAGAGCAGGAGAUGCGAGUAGGAAUCGGCGAGGAGCAGGAACGACUAAUUCGACGAGAGAUGGAACAACAACAAGCUCGAUUGCGACAAAUGGAAGAAUCUCGACGUCAGCGCCAGGAGCAACUCCGUGCCCGUCAUGAGCAAGAAAUUGAACAGUCGAAGCGUCAACGACUCUCUCUCAAUGAAAAUCACGAACAACUCAAGAAUCUUGUUGAAGGUGCCGGAAUGCGCGCGCCUGAGACUUACCGACCUCCUCCAACCUACAGAAAGCCAGAGCAAAUGGAAAUGGACGGGAACCAAAGCUUCGAUAAUGACUCCCGAGGCCAAAACAAUCAGUGGCCAUCUCCUGUACAAAGAGGCGGUCGAGGUGGAGGACCUCGUGGCGGAGGAGGACCGCGAGGCGGCUUCUCUGGUAGCCAAAACUUUGACCCUAUCCAGGAACAGCGCGGCGGCAAUACUCCCCAACGAGGUGGAGGUGCGUAUCGUGGAGGAGGAAACUUCAGAGGUGGCGGCCGUGGCGGCUUUACCGACUCGCGUGGCCGUGGUGGACGUGGCGGCGGAGGACAUCGAGGAGGUCGUCGUGGACCUUAUUAA